GCAAGGGAGCUCGCCAUCAGCUAUGCAGCUCAGCGUGUGGCACACCCAAAGGCUGUGCACUCACGCCAGAGCGGCAGUCGCUGGUUCGGCUCAUCCCACGGCGGUCCUGCUCCAGCUCUCGUGUCAGACGAAGCGGACGACAUCCUAGCAUGGCCCGCCGCAGCAGCUGCCUCCUCUUUCCGCUGCAACGGCGUCGUCAGGUCAAAGUCGUAGGCGAACCACAUCUCUCCUCGGCUGUACUGCUUUGCCGUUUCGCGCACCACCUUCUCCUCCAGCUCGGCUUUGGACGCUUCGUGGUAACGCUCGUCGGCCGUCAUCUCCUUUGCCUCGUCGGCCGUCACGGCGGAGACCGUGCCGCCUGCGGGGUCGAACAUGGCUGCUCUGCCCGCCAGACGCUUCAGCCAAGGUCCGCUCCUUGCCGGCCGCAGUGUCGCCGCCUCGCCGAUCGCCUUGGCAGCUGCCGCAGCACCAUCGACUGGCGCAGGCGUAUGCACAUCGUCCAGAUCUGACUCUUCGUCGCUCGAUUCCUCGUCGCUGGUUGACGCGUCAGUACGAGGUGCGGGCACCUUUGCCUGUCGUAACGCCUCGCUGUGCAAUGCCUCGCGCGCUCGGGCCAGCUCGAGUGGGAUGCU